UAUUUUUUUUUUUUUAAGAAAUAAAACGAAGAAAAAUCUCAAACAAAAAGGGGGAGGAAUUUGCGAUUGAAAUAGGGUCGCAAUUCGCAAAGUUUGAAUCAAUUUGACAAACAGAGACGGCUAUUGCUGAAUUGCGAUAAAAUUUCUCCUUGCAUGGUGAAAAAAUUUGCACAGAAGAAUAUAGUGUUUCGAAAGAAUGGAAUCAUCGUCAUCUUCUUCGAUAAUAACCCCAGAAGAUGUAUUAGAAUCACUCAUGAAUGAUGGCACUAUUGACGCUCUCAGAUUGAAGAUCAUUAAUCAGCUCAAAGCUAAUGAAGAGCUAAAGAAUACCACUAUUAGAAUGGCUGAACAGAGCAAGGUUUUAAAUACACCUGGGGCUGAGAAGCAGACCAAAAGAGAGUUAUUUGAUGCACUUCGACAAGAACUCGAAACUCCAGUACUUGAGAAGGCCUCUAGAUCAGUGUGGGAGUUGAUCCUAGACAGCAAUGGACUGGGGAAAGAAAUAAGUGAAACAGUUGAAAAAGUGUUUUGUAGAUUAAGUGGCCGGGAACCUCCAUUGUUUCCACCGCAAAAUGCUGAAACCCAGUCAAAUAAAGAAAAAGAGAUCAAGGGAGGACAAGGAAAAGAAGAUGAAACUGAAGUUCAGAAGGAAAAACCAAACUCAAAUUCAAAGAAAAGGAGUUACAGUGUGAUGAACAAUGAAGGAGAGGGAAAUGAAUUUGUGAGCCAGAUGGCAAAUGAAAUUUCGGGAAAACCCAGUGAACCUGCUUGUCAACAAGAAAGUUCUAGUAAAUCCCCUUUGCAAACUUCAUAGACUAGAGCCCUUAUCUGAAACCAGCAAUGGAUUUCCGAAGCAACAUUGAAUCCAGUUAUUCCCCAACAUUUCAUUUGUCAUCAGAUAAUACUAACCUGACAUUGUUAGUACUUCCUGGAAGUGGAUGUAGUCGCUAAUAUUUGAAGUUUUUUAGUUGCAUGACGGACCUUCGUGUUUACACUUGGCAUUUGCCUAUUUUACUUAUUUUUGUAGUGAGUGUAUUGCAUGAACAUCCUAUAGGCAUAAUUCUUUUAGUUGUGGUGAUUUGAAAGAGUUUGAUCUAUCACUGUAAGUUUAUCUGACAUAGAGCUUGGCGUAGGAAAUCUUAAUUAAUGUUUCAUUUUUUUUUAUGUAAAAGUAAAUUGUGUGUAUAUUUGUGUCUGUUUGUAGUUUAUGGCAAAAUUGAGUUCAAUUAA